AUGAAGUUCAAAAGAAAGAAGCAAAUGGAAGAAGACAUUCCCCAGGGAUAUGACUUGGCUACAAAAAACACAGAACUAAAGGAAGAGAUAAAAGGCCUAAAAGAGAAGCAAAACACCCUUCUUAGAGAGUCCUUAAAGCACCAGUACUUACGGUACAGAAUGCAGUCAGACUCAGAAAGAAUCCUGGAGGAACAAAAAGUACUUCUCCUACAGAUUUUACAGAAGAUAGAGCAGGGCCUGGCUGCCCUAAAGGAAGAAGAUGCAAAGCCUGCAAAUAAAAAGGCAAGGCAGCCUCUGAAGGAAAAUCCAAAACAAAAGAAUACACUGUAUACAGAAUAA